UUGUAGUUUUGGAGUAUGCAUUACCUCUCUCUCUCUCUCUCUCUGCGCAAGAGCAUUCGUCUACCCUUCAUUGUCUUUUAUUUUAGUGCUUUCUCAGUUUUUUUUUCUUGGGUUAUGAGUUAGAAGGUUAAUCAAUUGCCGAGAGAGCUAAAAGGUCAAGGAAUUAAAGCUCAGUUACUUGAACAUGCUUUUCCUGGAAAUUGAACAUGACUUUUGGCACACCAUACCUGCAUGGGUUCAAUUCUGCUCCUUUAGAGCUUUCUGCAGUGGUGCUCCGCCACCUAUCAAACCGUGCAUGCGAAGCUAGCUGCCUUUAUCAUCCAGUGGUUUGAAAUGAAAAGCACAUCAAUUCAUACAUUUUCUGAGGCCUUGCUCCUCAUACCAUGACGAGACACCAAAUUGUUGAUAAAGGGUGUGUCCCCUCCGAUAAAAGGGUUGCCUUGGACACCACCUCGCCCCCACAAUCUGUGCAGUAAUCAAUUCAUAACUUCAAAAGGCAAUCCACUACCCUCACAAAGGUUUUCAGCUUUUUGCUUUUGUGCCAUCGGAAACCAAAAGAGAACCCUCUACUGCUGCCCCAUGUCCUCCGGUCCCUCGUAAGUCAUCCUCAAACAAAACUCAGCCUUGCCUCUUCAACUGGUUGUGAUCACAUGCCAUCCAUUUCGUGAGAAAACAAGCAAAAUAAAUGAAAUCAGUGAAGGGAAGAUUCCUAAAGAAAUUGAAUUUCAUUCCAAGUAUAAGCACACUGAAACAAGGUCUAGUUUCCCAUCUGAACUCCUCAGAAAACUUUUCUGAUCAGAGCUUGCAGAUACCACCAAUUUACAUACAAAAGGAUCACAAGAAAGACAGUCUAUCUGGUGAUUUUGGUGUGUCAAAGCAAAAACCAGAAUCCAAAGAUGAAGAACUGGACUUGGAAAUUAAUCUCUUCGACAAGGUGAACAUCACACCCUCCAUAGUAUCCAAUGACAGAUUAUCUGUAAUGGACAGUCCUGAGGCCCCAGUCGCUACAGAUACCAACGUGGAGCAAUACACGGGAAAUGAAGCUGAGAAAGAGAUUGAAGGACACCCAUCUCUCUCAGAUUUUGAAGAGAUAUGUCUUCCCGGAGGAAGUCAGGCUGUAAUUCUCUACACAACAAGCUUGAGAAGUAUAAGAAAGACAUUUGAGGAUUGUCAUGCUAUUCGGUUUUUGUUGGAAAGUUUUAAAGUAAUAUUCCACGAGAAAGAUGUUUCGUUGCACUUGGAAUUCAGGGAGGAACUAUGGAGGAUAAUGGGUGACAGGGUGAUUCCUCCAAGGCUUUUCAUAAAGGGAAGGUACAUAGGAGGAGCUGAUGAAGUGACUGGUUUGCAUGAGCAAGGUAAGCUUAAGAAUCUCUUGGCAGGUAUACCACUCAAUCUGUCUAAUUGCCCUUGCACUGGUUGCGGUAACAUACGAUUCAUAGUUUGCUCCGAUUGUAAUGGCAGUCGUAAGGUCUUUGCAGAUGAUCAGAAUGAUGAGACAUACAUUAGAUGCCCUGAAUGUAAUGAAAAUGGAUUGGUUAAAUGCCUCAUCUGCAGCUGAAAGUCUAGCUACUUUUUCCUAGACUCUUGCUUGAUUCUGUAUCGUAUUAUCCAUCUUCCCUAACUUUUUCCCCAGUUAUUUAACAUCCUGUCUUGUAACUUGAAAAAUGCUUGGACAGAAUUACCGGUGCUUCUCUUAGUUCUUCUAUAUGUAAGAUUGGAGGCGCUAAUGAAAUGCAGCACCAAAUGUCUUGGUUGUGAUAUAUAGAGUAGUUAAAGCCCUUUCUGCUGCACAAAUCCUAGUGUCAUUUUCUUCCAUUACCUAUUUUUGUCAUAUUUGUCUUUCUUCUCUAACAUUUUUCGUCAUUCAAAUUUCAGUGGCAGUUUGCAAGUCUUAAAAUGGAAAUAUAUUGAUUACUUUAGCACUGGAUGUCCUAAAGAAAGUUAUGCAUUGACCGUUUGUUGCUGCAAAUCCGAUUGACAUUUUUUCUUACAUGCAUUGUUGAACUUCAGCUCGCUUUUCUUAUUCUUCUUUUUUAUUUCCAUCGUCGACAAUCAUUAGAGGUAGAUGUACAUUAUGCUAUGCAAUAAGGAAUAAUGGUUAGUAGAAUAUUAGAGGUGGAACCAUAUUAGAACCGGGUAUUAGCAGGAGCUUAAGUUAUCAAUAUUUUUUUUCAGAUUAGGUUGAAUUAUUGUUUUCUAGGAUGAGGAGGAAACACGGCCCUCAGGAAGCAAGAAAGGGAAGGAUGAUGACAAUAUGGGAAAGAAUCUAUUCAACGUGGGUUUAUGUCAGGUGUGGAGCCUUGUGAAGUUGAGCUUGGAUCAUUGUCAAGAUAAGUUUGGAACGAUAAUGGGUUGGGAGAACAUGCACAUGGCUCUUCAUAAGAUUAUAACAAAAAGUCACUGGUUGGUAACAAAGCUAGUAUGGUGCGAUAAAGGAAAGUGUAAGGCCAUGAUGAUGCUUUUCACGCCAAAGGCCUUUUAUGAUGAGUCGUAUAAUGCAGCUUUCUUGCAUUGUCAAACUAGGCUACCAGUUCUUGAUUCAUGCUUUCAGUCCAUGAAAGCAGUGGAGCAAAACUAUUUUGAUUUCUUGCUUUAAAUAUUCUGGUAGUUGUUGCUCGACUCUUCCGGAACUUCUAGCUUUUCGGCUGAUUUGAAGUGUCUGAAUGGUGUACUCUUGUCCAUGCAUUUUUAUUCUAUACAAAUGCAGAGGAUAGUUCGAAGUAAAAUAGGCAUGAAAUUAACCCAGAAGAAAUCGUGGCUCGUAAGCGACUAUAGAGCCAAUAAUCAGCCUUGAAGAAGGCCCGAUUUCACCGAGUCAAAUAGAAGUGGGGCCUUGCCUCAUGUGCAAUUGCCUUUUGAUAGCCUGAAACUUGGCUCAAAUUUGAGUUGAUGAUGAUGUUAUAUUUCAUAUUCAUUUUGUCUGUC